AUGUUACUCCGCGCAAUUAGAUAUUGUUCAUCAUUUCAAGUUUAUAUAGAUGAACGUGAAAAAUUACGAAUGGCACUAUUAUUAAUUAAAUAUCCUAAUAAAUUUAUAGAUGAACAAUUUAAUAAUGUUUUAAUUAAGUUAAACAUUGAUCAAUCAUUAAAUAAUAUUAAUUAUAAUAUAUUUCGUCAGCAAGUUAUAAAUGCUCCAAUAAAGGAAAAAGUACCAGUAGACUAUAGAAAGACAAUAUUUGUUCAUUUUACUUAUUGUUCAAGUAUGAGGACAUUUCCAGUAAAAUUCCAUGCGCUUUGGAAUAAAUAUUUUGGAGGAUCCCUUAUUAAUGAAGUCUUACCUAUUCUUGGUACACGUAAUGUUAAAAACUUGCAAAGACAAUUAACCGUUACAAGAUGA